GCUCAAGCCCAUAUGUAGGCUUAGUGUAUGAAGAGACAAAACCCAGAGCGCUCUUCGAUGUUGAUCUGGGAAAAUGUUGAUCUGCUGGGAAAAAUACCCCUGUCGAGUAGAAACCCGAUGAUCAUGAUAGAUUCAGCCAAAUCAACGAGCUGGUAUACUAUAUACGACAUCUGAGGGCAGAAGGUGAAGAUCAUGAUCUUGAUCAUACAUGACGUGUUGUUGUGGACAGCGAUGAUGAUCAGAGCAGUGCCACAGGAUCAUUUCCCUCCAUCAUAAUCAUUCAGUUCAGGUCAUUCCCUAGGGAUAAGUUCCUGGAACUUUGUUUACAGCCCCGGUGGUCUUGUGAAGAUAGAACCACCAUUCAUUUACGUAAAGGAAGAAAGCGCUUUAUUGAAUUCAUCUUGAUCUAGAUCUUCUCGCAUUUUUUUACAACAAAGCAAGACUAAUAACGAGCACUGAAACUUCUUUGACCACAGAGCCACUUGCUGUUGAUUACACUAGUAUCCGACGAAACAUUUUUUAUCUGAAAAAACCAGAAUGACAACCAGCGAAGUCCCAGUAGCAGCCACGGCCGCGGCGCCAUAUGUGUCGCCAAUUGCGCAGCCAUUGGUGAGCGGCAAACUGGAAUCGAAGUGUCUGAAGAUGUUGCGGAAAGCCUUCGGGGCCAAGGCAGUCAAGCGAGGUAUCCCGGAAGUGACGAAGCUGGUGCGCAAAAACAAAAAAGGUAUUUACCACCAGUGCCUUUUUUUUUUGUUUAUUAUUUCGGAAUUUCAACAUCGGAAUUGUGGGCACGGCCGAGUUUAUCGUUUGUUCAAUUUUUUGACACCAAUUAUUUGAGUAAGAAUCGUGGUGCUCUUCAUCUUCAUGCCGGGGAAGAUAUACUUUUACAGAAACUGAUACUGAGGCAAGAAGUUGUCAGACCAGCGGCAUUUUCUUCAAUGACGUCUUUUAUAUCGCAGGUGUGGUGAUUUUUGCAGCUGAUGUUUUUCCCGUUGAUUUGGUGGCGCACAUGCCUCUCCUGUGCGAGGAGAAGGACGUGAUGUAUGCCUACUUGUCUUCCCGAAAAGCCUUGGGCGAAGCGAUCAAUAGCAAGCGCGGGGUCAGUGCCGUGUUCGUGCCAGAACCGACCAGCGACUCGCCGCACGAGAGCGCCUAUUCGCAGCUGAUGGCUGCGUUGAAGAUCGUCCACCCCUACAUGGGAGAGGGAAAGCCGAUGGAAGCGGAGGAAAGCAACAAGCGGGCUGCAACAACGGAAGUAGAGGGAGCAGCGGCAGAUGAGUCGGGGGCAGCGGACGAGCCGGCCAAGAAAAAGAAGAAGAAGGAAAAGAAGGAAAAGGCGGAGUAAAAGGAGAUCACCAAAGAACCCCACAAAUAGUCCACGGAACAAGCCGAGGACAGUGUGCGUGAUCAACAAGAUACUAGCGAUUAUAUCACGAAAAAAUGCAACUAGAAUCAUUGGAUAUCACACGGUACUAUACUACAUCAUGAAGAAGGAAAGGUCAGAAGUCAAUCAUGAGAAGAGACGAUGAAGAUGACGCAGAUGUUUAUGUUUUGCUUUUGCGCACGACAUGCCUGUUGGAGUCAGCGAUAAGGGUUGCACCAGCAGGGUCUGCAGGGAUUUGAAAAAAUAAAAGAUAGAGUGCAACACGUGAAUCCUAUUUACCGCAGCGCAGCAUAACAAUUAUUCCGACGAGGAACCAGCAC